AGCAGGGCAGCCUAGGAAUCAGUGAGGGCAGAGCUGGUGUUCAGAUGGAGAGUGUCAGGAAUCAAGCAUUGUGCAAAGUUCAAAUCCUAAAGGAUAACACAGAAAUGGAUUUCCAGGCUCAUCUGGGGGCAGAAAAUAUAUUCCAUGCUGCUCUGGAAAUUGGAGAUCUGAACAUUAUCCAAAUACUAGGAGCCAGGCAUGAAAACUGCGCGUUGGAGGUCAAGGGAGGAGAACUGGGGUAUCAGGCACAGCCCCCGGCAAGGUUUGGCCUUGCAGGUCUGUGGACCCUAGAAUAUACACAAGAGCUCACCACUCCACUUUGCAUCACCAGUGCCCAUGGCUACAGUGAAUGUGUUCGCUACCUCCUUCAUCGCCGCGCUGACCCCAAUGCUGCUCCUGGAGGGAGGUCACCCCUACAUGAAGCUUGUGCUGGGGGACAUGCAGACUGUGUCCAAUUACUGUUAGACUAUGGAGCCAACCCCAAUCAGCUGAGUGAUGAUGGACUAAGCCCGCUACACUACUGUGACACCCUUGGUUCCUUAAGGUGUGCUGAGUUGCUGUUAAGCCAUGGUGCAAAUGUGAACCAGGGCACAGAAGAAAUACUUGACUCUCCAAUUCACUUGGCUUCUCAGCUUGGCCUUCUUGCCCAUGUUCAGCUUUACUUGCGCCAGGGAGCCGCCAUUAAUUCAAAGAACCAUGAUGGAGUUACCCCUCUCAGUGCUGCAUGUGGGGGAAAAGAAGGCAAUGAAAACAACCGCCUGGAGCUGUGCCGUAUCCUCCUACAGGCUGGGAGUGACCCUGAGAUCCCAGACCAGCAAGAUAUAAGACCUUUGCACCAUGCAUGCAGGAGGGCUGAUAGCCAACUAGUAGAACUUCUCCUUGCUGCCGGGGUGGAUGUGAACGCUGCAGACUAUAAUGGAGUUCUGCCUCUCAGCUGUGUCCUGCAAAAUGCUGAGCUUCAUCAAGAAAAGAGACCCCAGAUCAUUGUACGAGAUCUGCUCAACCAUGGAGCACGCUGUGUCUGUCCAGAGGCCUUCGGCAAGGUGCUGCGCUUUUGUUCCGGCCUCCCAGAUAUCAUUGCAGUGCUGUACAAUACAUAUGUCAACCUGCACAUCUGCAGCCGAUGGAAACUGGAGAUUCCACAAGAGGUUUUCCAGGCUCAUGAAUCCUUUUACACCACAUUCUUCAGUCUCUCUGGCUCUGUCCGUUCCCUGCAGCACUUGUGCCGCUAUAGUCUCCGUAGACAUUUGGGCGACCAAUGUCAUUGUCUCAUCCCCUUGUUACCAAUCCCAAAAUCCUUACAAGAUUACCUGCUCCUGGUGACUGAUGGGAGUAUAGUGUAAGGCCCCCACCUCCCCGACUCUGCUUCAGGCUUUUUCUAUUUAUUAGACACCUGAAUUGCUUUGUUCACCCCAGAGAGCUACGGUUUGUGUAGAGAGAAUUCAACAAGCUCCAAAUGUACAGUUUUCUGUAUUUUUUUCUAAUACAGAACAUUAAGAAAUAAUCUUUUUAUAAUGUGUUACUUUUUUUAAUGAAUUUCUGUUAGAAAAGCCCAAUUUUGUACAAUUCUACCACUAGGGUGACAUUGGUGGAGAAGUUUAAAUACAUGCGGUGGUGCACGGUAUUUGGGAAGGUACAAUUACAGCUAAACAUGUUCCUUCCUCUGCUAUAACUGCCCUAUAACAGGACAAGAAAACACUUUGUUAUUAAUGGACACAAAUUAACUGCUUUUAUUAUGUUCUUCAAUUUUGUGUUUUCAUUAUGUUUCUACUUUGCUGUAUGCAGUUCAUGGAGUUCAUAUGUAUAUAUGGUGCUUAAAGGAGGCAAAUACUAAAAAAAGGCAUUUAAAUCCAUUUUUCCCAUAAUUGUUUCCCUUGACAGCUUAUUGAUUAAUGGAGGGUUCCUGAGCUGGAGGACAGAGGGUACAUUUGCCACUGAGUCUCCCCUUAUUGCAUAGAUCAUCAUGAUGGACCUGUGUCUCUUUUUCACUGUCGCCAACAAUGAAACUAUGUUAUGUAGUAUUUAGGAACCCUGUAGUUUUAGUGUAUUAGGCACAUCUGGGAUCAAUCCCCCAUCAGAUAAACUGUUACAGUGAUGGGAUCAGACUGAGGAGCCCACCAGGGACCUGCUGCCUAUGAUUGUGCCUUGUUGCUGGGACUCGUGGAUCAUGCCUGUGCUUGUAAAUAAACUUUGCAUUUUGAUUGA